AUGGGUACAAUUCUAUCGCUGUCUUUGAGCAGCGCUGCAUUAGCUGUGUCGUUACUCUCGUGCUCUUAUGCACUGCGGUCAGCUUUUCACCAAUCGAGAAAUGGCAAGGCAAAGGAUCAGUUUUACCAAGAUGAUGAUGGAUGCGCCUCGCCACGAUCGCUAGCAGAGUUUACGAACAGAGGUUCGAAGAUCUUCAUCAUCGCAUUCUCUGCCAUCGGUGCUGGAACUUGUAUUGCGAAUCUCGUGAUAUCUAUACUUCGCAAUGAUGGGGUCGAGUCGAUUAUUGAGUCUUCAUUAACUGUCGUUGCUUGGGCAUUGGCAUUCAUUCAUGGCAUAUGCAUCUUCUUCCAACACUCACCCGUGAAAGCCCAAAAGCUUGGAGUUUGGUUACUGUUUACUGCUGUGGCUUUGAUAACAUCAUCAUUGCCUCACCUUAGGUAUCUGUACACGCAAUCUCAGAAACUCCCUAUUAUUUUCAUCAUUCUCCCCACCAUCAACACAUUAUCCGCUGUCGCAUUAGCUUUCGCAAGCACCUGUCUCCCAAGACGACCAGAGGUCUUCCACAGAAACACUGUAAUUGAUCGCCAAUGGACUGUUUCUGUGCUGGAGCGCUUGACCUGGACUUGGGUCCAACCCCUUCUGCAUCAUGCUGCGCAGCAAGAUGACCUUGAUACAGACGAUGUGCCUCAGGCGGAUUCACGAUUAAGAUCGCAAGAUCUCAAGAAACGAUGGGAUCAAUUAACGCGACAAGACUCGCUGUUCCGCUCAAUUGUGGCGCUUUACAAAGAUAGACUGUUAUUUCUAUGGGCAGUCACUCUGGUUCGUUGCGCUGUGAGCAUUCUUCCGUUCUGGUUCAUGCUCAAGAUCAUCAACGUUCUUGAAGAUAGAACCGCACGAGCGGAUAACAUGCAAUUGAUGUUGUUUGUUUUGCUGAUGGCAUUAUCCAAUUUGCUGGAUUCGUGGAUGGAAGGAUGGGCAUAUUGGUACUCUCUAGAGAGUCUCGCUUUACCAAUUCGGUCUCAAAUUUCGGGCAUCAUUUUUGGCAAGGUUCUGCUGCGAAAGAAUAUCAGGACAGCAGGUGGUGACGAUUCUGCAUCUGAGACUGAGAAUGACUCUGAUGAGGACACAACGUCUCCCAGGUCUCACCAAGCGAUCGUCAACCUGGUAGGUAUCGACACAGAGCGACUCUGUUAUUUCUUCCAGUAUCACUUCCUCAUCAUAGCCGGUGUCAUCAAACUCAUCGUCUUUUCCGUCUUCCUCCUUCGAAUCCUAGGAUGGCUUCCUCUCAUCGCAGGUAUCAUGGCAUGGGCUCUCACUUUACCACUCAAUACUUGGUUCUCGGGCAAAGUCCUCACCGAGUCACGAGCUUUAAUGAGACAUCGCGACAUCAAACUGUCCAAGAUCAGUGAGGUUCUCACUGGCUUACGUCAGAUCAAGUUCUCAGCUCUUGAAGCGCAAUGGGAGCGAAGGAUCCUUGCCCUACGAAACGCCGAGUUGGCGACGUUAUGGAAGUUCUUCCUUGCCGAUAGCGGCCUUUUCGCAUGCUGGGUCAUAAGUCCGAUCUUACUUGCUGUCGCGUCGCUGACUACGUACGUCCUUGUUCAUGGUACAUUAUUGCCGUCGGUUGCAUUUGUCAGUAUCGGGAUAUUUAAUACCCUCGAGACGACACUUGGUUCUCUGCCAGAGCUAUUUACCUUGGGACUUGACUCUCUUGUAUCACUGAAACGGAUCAGCGACUAUCUUGAUGAACCUGAGAAACAGACUGAAUUGACAUUGAGUGAUGCCAUCAGUUUCCAUAAUGCCUCAGUCGCCUGGCCUAGUAAGGGAACUUUGGACGAGGGCGAUUUCACCCUGUCUGAUCUCCGUCUGUUCUUCCCCAACCAUGCUCUAUCUGUCGUAUCUGGCAAGGUCGGUACAGGCAAAACGCUUUUACUGUCUGCCAUCUUGGGCGAAGCAGAUCUUCUCAGUGGCGCAAUCCACAUUCCCAAGAAACAACAAUUCCAGGGUAGCGACUGGAUCAUCCCAGGCUCAAUUGCUUAUAUCAGCCAGACUCCAUGGCUGGAGAAUUGUUCUCUUCGUGAUAACAUUCUUUUUGGAUUGCCAAUGGAUAAGUCAAGAUAUAACAAGGUCCUUGAAGCCUGCGCUCUAUCAGAAGAUCUCAAGUCUCUUUCAGACAGCGACGAUACUGAAAUUGGAUCAAAUGGUGUCAAUCUGAGUGGAGGCCAGAAAUGGCGUGUUACACUCGCCCGAGCUGUGUACUCCCGUGCAGAAAUUCUCUUAAUGGAGGACAUCUUCAGCGCUGUUGACUCUCAUGUCGGUGGUUGGAUCUACGAUAGGUGUCUUACUGGGGACAUAUGUAAAGGACGUACUCGAAUUAUCGUGACUCAUCAUUUGAGUCUCGUUAUGCCUGGUGCUAGCUUUGUUGUUGAACUUGGUGAUGGGGGAGUAUUGUACUCUGGACCUCCUAAACUCUCCACACACCAACAACCGGAGAUGCCGAGCACAAACACUAAAGACGCUGUAGACUUGAUUGAUGCCUCGGAUGAUGCUUUGAUCUCGACCAACGGAUCAGAGACUGAGCCUUCCAAGUCAGAUGUCGCCCCGAAGAAGUUUAUGCAAGAGGAAACACGCCAAAAAGGCAACGUCAAGAGAAGCGUUUAUCUGACGUACAUCAAGGGCAGCGGUGGUAUACUUCCUUGGGCAUUAUGUAUCGGCAUUUAUCUCGCCUAUCAAGCGGGAAUACUUGGAAGAGCCUGGGUUCUUCGCAUCUGGACUGCCAAGUCAAGCACAUCGUCCGAUAACCCCAGCGCCCAUCACAUCUCUGGGUCUACAUUCUCAACAACACAGUUAUUUUCCCAUCACUCGAAACAAAUUGCACCGGACCCUAACGUCAUCUUUUAUUUAAAGAUUUACGUUGCUAUUUCUGUGGCCACUGCAGUUGUAGGAAUCCUCAGAUACCUGUCCUCAUACUUUCUUGCCGUCAGGGCCAGUAGAAGCCUUUUUGAGAGGAUGCUUUUCGCUGUGAUGCAUGCUCCUAUGAGAUGGCUUGAUACAGUUCACUCCGGUCGCAUCUUGAAUCGCUUCACGGCUGACUUUAACAUCAUUGAUGAGCGCAUCGCCAUGACGUGGAGUCAAUUCUUCUCGCAUUUGCUACGUCUCAUCAGUAUCUGCAUUGCUUCAUGUUUUGCAUCUGCAUACCUUAUUCCACCAGCCGUUGUUCUCUUAGGUAUUGGCGCAAUCACAGGUAAUAGGUACCUAGUCGCAAGUCGGCCUUUGAAACGUCUCGAAAGCAAUGCCAAGUCUCCUGUCUUUGAGCUCUUCAAUACAACACUGGCCGGUAUCUCAACUAUCCGAGCCUUCCGAAGAACUCAAACCUAUCUUGAGCAGAUGCACAAUAAUCUGAAUGCUUGGACUAUGACUACGUUUUACAUCGCUUUGGCUAACCGAUGGAUGAGCUUACGCAUGGCUCUCAUCACCGCCCUCUUCAGCAUUACUGUUGGGGUCGUAAUUAUCGUCAAGCAAAUUGAUGCUGCUUUGGCUGGCUUGGCGUUGUCAUUUAUCUUGGACUUUUCCGAAAGUCUUCGUUGGACGAUCCGAUCGUAUGGAGACAUGGAGUUGGAGAUGAACUCUAUGGAACGAGUGGUAGAGUACAUGAACAUCGAAACAGAAUACCUUGGUGGGUUGCGACCGGCAGCUGCCUGGCCUAGCUCGGGUAGUGUUGAAGUGAAGGAUCUAGAGGUUGCUUAUGCGCCUGAUCUACCACCAGUGCUAAAAGGUCUUUCCUUCAAGAUCAAGCAUGGUGAGCGCGUUGGAGUGGUUGGCCGUACCGGAGCUGGCAAGUCUUCUAUGACUUUGGCCCUUUUCCGAUUUCUGGAAGCGAGAUCCGGGAGUAUUUCUAUUGAUGGAGUGGAUAUAUCGAAGCUCAAGUUGACUGAUUUGAGAUCAAACAUGUCCAUAAUUCCACAGCAUCCCGUCCUGUUCUCUGGUACAGUCCGUUCUAACCUGGACCCAUUCGGGGAAUACACAGAUAUGCAACUCUACGAGGCUCUCAAAAGAGUUCAUCUCAUCGGCCAAGACGACACUCCUGAAAACAGCUUGUUCAACGAUUUAUCAAGUCUGAUCUCUGAAUCCGGCAGUAACCUUUCUCAAGGCCAACAGCAACUCCUCUGCAUCGCUCGUGCUCUUCUAGCCGCUUCGAAAGUCAUUGUACUAGACGAAGCGACAUCCGCUAUUGACAUUGCCACCGAUGUACUAAUACAAAAGAGUAUUCGCGAGUGGUUCACGGACAGAACGAUGAUUGUCAUUGCACAUCGGUUAAGUACCGUUGCUGAUUUUGACAAGGUCCUUGUGCUUGAUGGGGGGCGAAUGGUGGAGUUUGGCACGCCGAGGGAAUUAUGGGAGCAGGAUGGCGUGUUUCGGGGCAUGUGCAAACGAACGGGGAGUAAUGAGGAAGAACACUUGAGACAGGUCAUCAUGGGUUAA